AUGUCAGGAUCAACGUAUCUUUCGGGCUUUGUGCUACUUUGCACCCUGCUGCAAGUUGCUGUAAGUCAACCUUACCAGACGCCACACCGCUGCUCGAAUCGUCUGGAAAACGCACUGGAGCACAUGCGACGUCGCAGCGUACAAACCAAGAGCUCCUCCGGUGUCCGCUCGCGUUCCAUGUGGGAGCAACCCCAACAAACGCCCUAUCAGCUGUAUCACAGUUUCUACGGGCAGCAUAGUGAGCCCGAGGAUGAUUUCUACAAUGUGGGCAGCAGCUCAAACUACGGACGUGGUUACUAUGCCAAGCGCAUAAGACGGAACGGACGUCCUUAUGCCUUUGGCGACACGCCGGACAGUGGAAGUGGCAGCAGUGCCAGUGCUCUGGAACUGGAAGAUCUGCUCUUAACACACCAGCAGCAACAACAACAGCAAUAUCAACAUCGACAGCCACACAAACUGGCCAUAUCCCGUGUGGAGGUCGAGGAUCUUAAGGUGCGAGUACCGCCGGCAAAGUCCGCCUCCCGCUGGGUAGAGAUCGACAAGUGCAAAUUCAGCACUGAGAACUCCACCUUGGACACACGUUUAAUUUUUCCGGACUUAACGCUUAGUGGCAAGGUGGUGCUCCAACCCACGGGCGGACGCUGUAACAUGAUCCUGCGUAUGAGGCAUGCAGGAAUCGAGUUUCGUACUGUGCCCUUGGGUCCGACUUCGUCGUCGCCCUCGUACGAGCAAUCCCGAAGAUUGGGCGCCGCCUCCGUUCGCACGGAUUCGCACUUUGCGGAGCCCGGCUUCAUAUCCGUCUUUGCACACGGUUGUCAAGGACCAACUGGCAUUCGAUUGCGCCAGAAUUCAAAGCGACGCUUUGGUUACGGCGAAGGUCCAACGCCUCAGGUGGAGCUGGGUGAACCGCAUGUCAUUUUGGGUACAGCUGACAAGUACCAAAAGCCGGCGUACGAUAUCCGGCUACAGCAUACGACCCAAAGAGAUCAGAGCCUGAACCUUGAGAGCAAUGAGAGAUUUGGGGAUUCCAGCGAAUUCUUUGAUGUGAAUGGUGACAAUUUCUACCGACGCCGUCAGUUGGGAAAACGACGUCGUCGGCGGCGUCGAAACGCAUUGCCCACGGAUUACUCGGAUGAGGUGCGUUUCAAUGAGGAUAUAUUGCAUUUUCAGGAUGAGCAACUGCAGCAGCUUGUCCAGCCGGAUGCGCGUGCUUUUGCCGAUAUUUUCGGUGGCAACAGCAAUCAUGAGGAGCUAGUGGGUGAUGCCAUGUCCAAUGAGCUGGAGAAGCUCUUCUCCAUGGGCGUGCGAGGAUUGCUUACAACCUACAUGCAGCGAGCCCUUCAGCCGGCGAUCAAGGAGACACUCAUGGAGAAUAUGGGCUAUACGCUAAGCUAUGGCUGA